AAGGCAGAAGCUCACUCCCCUUCAAGGCAACUGGACAAAGAAGCCUCCCUCCUUACACUCUCAGAGACUUCCCAGCUCCCAUCCAGUUCCAAUGGCGACUUCCACGAUCCACAGCUCGACUUUCGCCGGCCAAACUGUGCUCAAGCCCCAGAAUGAGCUCGUCCGCAAGGUCGGCGUCUCCGGCGGCCGGAUCUCCAUGCGCCGGACCGUGAAAAGUACUCCCCAGAGUAUCUGGUACGGACCAGACAGACCGAAAUUCCUCGGCCCAUUCUCCGAGCAAACGCCGUCAUACCUGACCGGAGAAUUCCCCGGCGACUACGGCUGGGACACCGCGGGGCUGUCGGCGGACCCAGAGACAUUCGCCAAGAACCGGGAGCUGGAGGUCAUACAUGCAAGGUGGGCGAUGCUGGGCGCGCUGGGGUGUGUGUUCCCAGAGAUACUGGCUAAAAAUGGGGUGAAGUUUGGGGAGGCAGUGUGGUUCAAGGCUGGAGCUCAGAUCUUCUCUGAGGGUGGGCUUGACUACCUGGGCAACCCCAACCUGAUCCAUGCACAGAGCAUACUGGCCAUAUGGGCUUGCCAGGUAGUGCUGAUGGGCUUUGUUGAGGGCUACAGAGUAGGGGGUGGGCCUCUUGGGGAGGGCCUGGAUGCCCUGUACCCGGGCGGCGCCUUUGACCCACUGGGCUUGGCCGAUGACCCGGAGGCGUUUGCCGAGCUCAAGGUCAAGGAGCUCAAGAAUGGCAGACUGGCCAUGUUCUCCAUGUUUGGCUUCUUCGUGCAGGCCAUAGUCACCGGCAAGGGACCCAUUGAGAACCUCUAUGACCACUUGGCUGACCCAGCUACCAACAACGCCUGGGCCUAUGCCACCAACUUUGUUCCGGGCAAGUGAGUGUAAAAAUUACUUAGUUUCUCUCAGUCCCUUCAUGUACUUCAAUGCUGAGCUCUUGUCAAUUAAAUGAAUUACUCUUCUUUUCUUGUU